UGAUGUAUCAUCAUUAUUAAGAUUGAUCAUGAGAUGAUUUCGAAAGUCUUUGCUUGAUAAGGGUACCUUUGCCUUUGAUGCCAUCAGUAGAAUCUGUUUCCGAACCCUUUCCGGUACACUUAUGCCUUGUGAAGCAAUGGCAUCAGAAAGCUGGUCUGUUUGCUGAUUUCUGUGAUAAGGUCCAUGUGCUAUGGGUUGCUCAUUCAUACAUGAUUUUCUACCCUAAUCUCUCUGGAAAUGAUUCCAAACCCAGCAACGGAUGUUUCCUUGGCCACUUAUAAGAGAAGCCAUUACGACUAAAUCAUGGAUUUUCCCGGAGGGUCCAUCACGAACAUUCGCGUCAUUGAUGGGUUCUCCAAUAUAUACUGGAGAAUUUAUACGGAAGAGCCCAACAUCGCCACAUUAUCGGGCGAUUCGCCAACUAAUGGCUUCACUAUACUUAGGCAUCUAAGUCGCCUCAAGGACCUCGAACUUCGACUGAGGAACCUUGAUUGCCUAGUAUCAAGCUAUCCUAGACGGCUUGGCCUAUGGGUAUUUUCUGCGACCCCAGAUUUUGAGAGCCUAGGCCCUUUGUGCUCAAAUGGGACCAGCGAUGAUCCAAGCAAGCUUUUCGUGGGUUCGGCUACCCUCAAAGUCUCGGCUUCCGGAAGUGUGACUUCGAAGGAGCUGGUGAAGAACCUCUCCUCGGAACCAGUCAACGCAGCCACGAAUCCACAAGGCGUGCAAAGACGUCAGAAUGGCCCCAACCCACCAAGACGAGCGGAUGGCCAUGGUAGCUCUGCUGCAAUUUACGCAUCUUUUAUUUCCGCUGUCACUGGUGCAUUAAGCCUACAGUUGAUUCGAUGCAACAAUGCCAUUCCCCUUGGGUCACGGACCUUGUUCACUGUCGUUGCCGAAGAUUACUACGACAACCCCAGAGUUGAUAAUGAUAACCCUGCUGCAGUCCCUUCACUUACUACCUUACAAAUUCAGCUCACAUCAGUGGGAAAGCUGACCGUAUCGUUGCAAACGAUUUCCCAACCUGGCAUUUUACGACUCUGUGGGCCUUAUGAUACCUCUGUAGGGGUUCACAAUGCCCACCUAGGGUGCGAUAUAUGGCUAUCUCCGAGCGGCUCAAUUGCAAGACUGGUCGCAACCCAUUCAGAUUCCCAGAAUGCUUCUUCUGGACACACAAUGGCCAAUCCUCCGAACACGUCAAAGCUCGAGGAAUGGAAGGCACUCGUGGUAGAGUGGCUCGGGAAUUAUGGUUUGCCGCUGAUCUCCUCGGAAGAAGGACCUUGGGUUGAAGUUGAAGUCUGGGAGCCCUUUUACUCAAGGUUAGCUGGGGAGACCUGGCGACAAAACGAGGAAGGCGCCUCUGUACUUCCUCUGAAGCGAAUUCUAUGGCCGGCCAGGUACUGCUUCACAAGAAAGAAACCAACAUCUUUGGACCCGCUUCUCGGAAUUAAUGAUACAUUUCCCGUCAUCGACGAACCAUUGGGAUUUGCAGAGAAAUGGUUCGGGAUGGCUCAACUGGAUCAUGAGGAGAUAGACUCGAAGCCCGCGUCCCGGCCCGAACCAGAAACAAAAGACCAAGAAACUCCUCUAUCCAGGCCGGAUCUUCCAGAAAGCAUAGAGAGCCUUUCCAGAGCUGCAGAGUACCCUGACCUUCAGGCUUCAAAUCUGGUGUAUCCGACCCCGCCAGACGGAGCUUUUCCUGUGGGACCCAAUGCACCACCUGCCUCGGACGCCGCGGCUGAAGAUCUAGAUUCUAGACAUCUCACGAAUCGAGCCUUGGCCAAAGUAAAAACUAAGGAAGGGGCAUCCGCCAGAGAGCGCUCCGAUCAUGAUGUGCUUAUGAGUUUUGGCCCAUCUCCUGGACUCAUUGUUGGAUCCGGACUAUAUGACACUAAUGAUGAUGAUGAUCUUUUCGGGGAGAUAAACCAGAGGGACUUUGGAUCCAAAGGCCUUACUGAGGCCGACUUCAGCUUCUUUGAUGACCCUGAGUUUAACCAUUUAAGCGGAGAUGUCAACGAAAUGGAUGUUGGUGCUCAAGAAACACCUGAAAUUGCUGUUGAUGCCGAGGAGCCCAAACCACAACCUCUCCCUCUUGAACAACCCUUAACCGAUAAUCUUCUUCCCGGACAAAGAGACACAACAGAGCAGGCCGACACAAAUCUUGCCCGCCCGGAAGAGGAGAUAUCAAAUCCUCAGCCUGCAGAUGUACCUUUGUCCGCCAGCAUGCAAAUAUCUUCGCCUCCCCCACUCAGUCCUAUCGAGGUAAAGAAAACGCUUUUUGCUGGACCACACGAAGACAGUCAAUUGUCUGUUAAAAAUGGGCACUUGCAGGGCCAUUACAACCCUGUUGCUUUCAAGGAGAACGUACUGGACUGGGAUCAGAAGUAUGGAGCAGAAGGCAAAUUUAGGGUCACUGGCGCCGUGGUGAACAAUUAUCUAGUCCCCACUAGUACUACUAGUGAUAUCCCAACGAUUGGCCUCCCCCGCCGCAAUGCGCGAACAAAGAAUCCUCAGGGCCCUGCAAGGGACAACGAUAAACCCAGAAGUCCAGCAAGUGAUUUGGACCAGCCUAUGCCAUCAGACUCGGAUUUUGACUCGACUAGCGACACGAGCGAUGACAGUGAUGGGAACCUUUCGAACAGCGAUGAGUCUGUUGCUACAUUUGUUACUCGCAAAAGGAAGCGUGCUCGGUCUUAUUCGGGGAGUUCGGUGAACCUACCGCAGGAGAAGCCUUUGGCGAGAUCCGAACAGUCGAUCGCUACCUCCAGGACCGACGAUCUAGUUUUUUUGGGCAAUUUCCUUUCCACUUUUUCGGAUUGGUCUAUGACAGGUUAUUUCUCCGCGACUCAAAAGCAGCUGGCCCCUGUGCUCAUUCGCAAGGAUGCUCAAAUCCAGGUUGCCCAGCUUCUCGUCGAUCAAGUCACGCAGUCCUGCCUUUAUCAUAAGGUCGAUGGCAUCUUGGGCGUCUCAGAAUUUGAGAGUAAAGCAUACUCUCUGCGAACAUUUCUCGAGGAUACAGCCUUCAUGGGUGAGAUUGAGAGACUUGACUUGAAUGGCUUCGUGUCACUGCAGGAGAACAGUGGCCUUUCCCCUCCGUCAACAGCUACUAUGUCGCGUCAGUCAUCUCAACGCAAGGAAAAUGGAAAAAGUUCGAUGUCGAAGCUCGCCCCGCCACAUUUGCGUAUUCGUCGCGGUAAAGAUUACCUAGAAGUUCUGCCACCCGCAAUUUCAUUUUGGGAGACUUUCGGCUUGGAACCUGCCUACGGGUCAAAGGACAUCUCCGCUUAUUGUAUCCACCCUCAGAUUGCAGCUGAAGCGGCAAAUGAUUUUCUUGAGCGGCUAGGCCUGCUAUAUUCGAGCUGCAACCUUGGUCAGCAUACGCGAGCUAGCAGGUCGACUGGCUUCGACCGUGGGAUGUGUUCUUGGAACAUCGGCGCACCUGGCGAAUUUACUUAUCACUAUAUAAUGCAAUCACUGAAGUCAAUAUGCGACAAGCUAGUGACAGCUCUUUUGAAAAGUCCGCCGACGAAACAUACUGUUGUCGUCUACAUAAUCAAUCCAUUCAGCCACGCUGCGGCUCUAGCGGACAUUUGCUCCGUUUUCUGGGGCCUGUUUCAGAAAUAUACCGAUGAAGUUGAAAAGCAGCAAGCUGGUCAAGCAAAUGAACUCGCCUUGCAGAUUGUCCCAUUCCAUUUCAUCAUGUCGACUGAAUCUCUAGUCGUACCACCGCAAGCUCAAUAUUUAAGCUUGGCCCUAGAAGUCUAUAGUCGGUGUCCACCGAAAAGUUUGCAGUCCUGUCUGCUUAACUGUGCUCCACCGAUGCUGAUCGCAGAGCCGGUCCCGAAGACUAUUAAUUUCAAGCUUGCGCCGGAUAGAUCAUCUCCCCUUCAGGAAGCGAAAAGUCUUCAUAUUGCAUGCUCAAAAAGCUAUGAUCAACGCUGGGUAUCCGUAUCGUGGACCGAUAACACAGGUACUUUACAGCGAACCAUGUCUUACUGCUUGCGCUUCCAGAACUCAAACGCCGCCAGAAAUAUUCUGGAAGUACGAAACGAGAUCUGGGCUGCAACCAAAAUCAUCAUGGAGAAGACUCAGGCGCGGUGGAAAAUCAUCAUCGCCAACACGGAGCCUGUUGACCAGGAUGAAGUCGAUACGUGGACGAGCCUGGUUGAGCAAUAUAACAUGACGAAGCCGUUCCUUUCAGACUUGACUAUUCUCUAUGUGAAUACCACGCCUGAUCUCUACCUUGAACCUCCACCUCAGCCAUUACCCAUGAGUGUUUUCAACCCCCAGAUCUCAUCCACGCCUGUAGCGACACCUAAUCCUAGUGGGAAUGCUUUUUCGCCGGAACAAUCUGGUAACGCACCGACUCCCCCAAGCGGUGGAAACGCCCCUACACCUACGGAAAUUCCGCCUGACGCCGAGUCUGAGUGUCUGCUCACAGACAUCUGCGACGAAUCAUGGGGCGUCAUACUUUCACAUUGUCUGAACAGUUCACCACAUCUAACGGAUUAUCGUCCUGCGCUGGCGAGCGGGUAUCUUCUUCGCCGUAAGGGUCCAACUGACGCCGACGGCGCAUUUGCAAUGAACGUGAACCUAAUCUACUCGCAAAAACCUCCUUCUUCAUAUGAGAAUCUUCUCAGAGAAAUCAUCGCUAGGUAUCGCGACCUCGCCACUCUAGCACGAGCCAGAGGUACGCGAACUGUGCAACAAAAUACCUUUCCAUGGCAUAUUGCGACAGCGGUCAGGGCGCAGGAGCUAUUGAGCUACAUUCUGUGAGACUAUUAAUUGAAUUCUCAGCGGCGCAUCACGGUAUAUAAACGGCGUUCAGGUUUUGUGCUUUGGCUAGCCUUUUCUCUGUACAUAAUCGGUUCUCAUGAUGGCUCAGGCAAGGCGGGAUAUACCACUACGCGGGCAUGAUUCCCUUCUUUACUUGAAUGAUUUUCCUUUUAUCCUAAAUCUCUGCUUCUAGCACUUGAAACUUCGCUGUAAAUAUGUUUGAUUCCCUUGCCUUGUUCUCCUACCCUCUGAAAGUGGAUGCCCCC